AUGCCAAGGGUAUCAGGGAGCAGCUCAGCAGGGUUCCAGAUUGAUUUGGCUGCUCCCCCAGGAUGGACAUAUGCUGCCGGGGACACCAUCAUCGGUACCCUGGCGCGUCGCUUGCCCAUUGUCACCCCUGAUGCCAGCGUGACACUAGUUCUUAUAGGGCAAGUGAGGUCUAAAAUCACAGCCAGCCGCAACCAGAACCACCCGAGUCACUAUCUCGCUCAGUGGACACUUUGGCCGCCAAAACGCAUGACCAUCUACAAUGGACCUCUUCAUAUCCCCGAGAGCAGCGACCAAGAUCAUUUACUGAGUUGGCCCUUCUCGGUCACUAUUCCUGAAGGCCCUGUGCGUUCAGCCCUGGGAGGGCAUUCUCAAGGAGCGAGCUUCCUCCCGCUGGACGAGUCCGAAAUCGCUCAGCAUAGCCUGCCUGGAACGUUUUUCUCCAGUGGAAUCAGUUUUUCGACCUCAUCUGAAGGAAUCGUUGAGUACUACCUGGAGGCUGAACUACGAUACAACCGUGGUCCCUCCCUUGAGAUACGCAAGGCUGUUGCUUCCAUUAAGAUGAGGCAGCCCGGGGUAGGGACUGCUAUUGUUAGUCACGACCUCAAACACCAUGCGACCGAGGUCAAAGUGCAAAGCCAGCGUCUCUUCCCGGAAAUGGAGAAUGCAGAGUUAACGGUGAAACAAAAAGCCCAGAAAAUCGUGGGGUUAUCAAAGGUCCCUGAAUUCUGGUUCAACGUCGACCUGGUUCAUCCUACUAUUGUCCAAAUCGGCGAUGCGUCUCCUAUCCCAGUGUAUUUGAGGAUCAUUCCUCAGAAGGAGAAAACAAGUGUAUCCAUAAGGGAUGCAACGCAGAGAAUUCAGGUGAACUGGGUCAAAAUGAGAAUUCAAGCGGACACUAUCCUCCUUGCUUCCGGCAAUUUUACUACCCGCGUCCACCAGGAUUCCCAUACAGCCUGCUAUGAUCUUGGUCUUGAAGAUGCUUUCCCAAGACUCGAGCGCCCUGUCAUGAUAUCGUGCAACAAGGACACUGGUGAAGGGUCCGUGGAUAUUGGCAACGUCCUCCAACUUGUCCUCCAUGAAAACGGUCUAAGCACUGGAAACUGGCCUCUGCGUAAGGUGUCGACUAUCUAUCCUGACUUCAUUACGUAUAGCAUCCGACACCGACACUGGGCAGAAUGGGAGGUAUCUCUCACUGUUGCAGGAGAGACCAUGAAGGUCCGAAUGCGCACAAGUUUGAGAGUUGUGGCUGCAUCCUAA